AUGAAAUUACACUAUCAGAUUAAAACUUUACCUAAUUUGUUCAUAUUUAUACUUCUUAGAUCCGAGACUACCUCUUUAAUAUUAAAGAAAAACAAUAGAAAAAGACCACUUAAUACUCUACAAUCUAAAUCAGCUGUAAACAAAAGAUUAAGAGAUUUUGGUAAAGAUGCAAAGAAUUUAAUUGAUUCAUUAAUUGAAUCUUAUAAUAUGAAUGAAGAAGAAAGUCAUGCAAUCAGCCUUCGUAAUUUAGAAUUAGAUUGCAAUACAGAAAAAAUAAUGAUAAAUUAUAAACAAAUGUAUGAACGAAGAGAAAUUGAUGCUAUUGUUAGAGCCUAUCAUAGAAAUACAAUAACAAAUUCAAUCAAUAAUGAUCUUAACAUAAAAACAUUUAGUGUUGAUAAAAUUGUUAAUGAUUUGGAAAUUUUUGAAGAAUCUGAAGCUCUAAUUCCAACUUGGAAAGAAUCUGAAAUUAUAAAAUUUGGUGAUACACUUAUGCUUAAACUUGGUGGAGAUGGUUACAAUAUUGGUCAUAAACAGAACCAUGUGAUGUUUACUGUUUGUCUUUUAAAUCAAGGUGAAGAGGUUCUAAAACCAGAGAAUCAACAUUGCAUCUGCCUUUAUAUUGGAAAAGAAAAAUAUGAAAAUGUUUCUGUAGUGGGAAAAUUAUAUUGUCAUGAACUUAAUGAACUUAGAAACAAUGGUAUAUAUGAUAAAGAUGGAAUGCAUUGGAAAAUAGAACUUUAUUUUGCUGGUGAUUGGAAGAUUAUGUAUAUUGUAAUGGGCUUGGAUGCUCCUGAUUCUAAACAUUUUUGUUUAUACUGUAAUUGUGGAUCUGAUAUAUGUUGGGACAUGGAUCAAAAAUUUGAAAAUACUGUCUUAGAAAAUUUUCCAGUUUGCAAAUUUGUUCCUGGUACUUAUGGAGAAAAUAUUGAAAAAUUAUGGAAAGAAUUUUUUAGACUUUACAUGAUUUUACAUAAACCACUACAUUCAGAUGAAGAAAUUAAUGAAUUUGAAAUUGAUUCUAAAAAUUGGAUAUGUUCUUUUUAUAACACAAAUUUAUAUGGAAAACACAAUGUUACCACCUUAUAUGCAUGUUUUUAG